UCUCUCUUUUCAAGUCUCUCUCUUCUUUGCUUUUCGUGUUAUUUUGAAUAUUCCUCAUCGGGUUUGGAUCGUGAUUCUACACGAGCUUACUUGCGUAAAUCGUUGAUUAUAGGCUGAUCUUGUUAACAUUUAAGGGUAAAUCAACAAGAUGAACAACAGCGUUGAGUAUCUGAGCAACAAAAAGCACAAAGUGAUUUUCGUUAUGGGCUGCACUGCUACUGGAAAAUCAAAACUCUCUGUCGAUUUGGCCACUUUCUUCCCGUCGGAGAUCAUCAACUCCGACAAGAUUCAGUUCUAUGAAGGCCUCGACAUCAUCACCAACAAGAUCGCUGAAUCCGAUCGCCGCGGCGUCCCUCACCAUCUCCUCGGCGUAAUCCAGGAUCCGGACGCCGACUUUACGGCCGCAGAGUUCUGCCGCCUCGUCGAAGAUUCAAUCGCCGAGAUUAUUGGACGCGGACGAAUUCCGAUCAUCGUUGGAGGAUCGAACAACUACAUCGAGGCGCUGGUUGAGAAUCCGAUUGCGGAUUUCCGUUCGCGAUUCGACUGUUGCUUUGUCUGGACUGAUGUUGCUCUGCCAGUUCUGAACAGGUACAUUUCGAAGCGAGUGGAUCAGAUGGUGGAGGCAGGGCUAGUGGAAGAGGUUCGAGAGAUGUACGUUCCUAAUGCCGACUACAGCCGCGGAAUCCGCCGCGCAAUCGGCGCUCCAGAGAUGGAUAGUUACUUCAAAUCGGAGAAAAAUGACGAUAGUUUGCUGAAAUCUGCGAUUCAAGAAAUUAAGGAUAACACCUGUACCCUCGCGCUCCGUCAACGCGGAAAAAUUCACCGGCUCCGAGACGAGCUCGGUUGGAGAAUCCACCGGAUCGACGCGACGGCGGUGUUCGAAAAGAGCGGAGAAGACACGGCGGAUGUCUGGAUGAAUACGGUUCUGAAACCGAGCUUGGACAUUGUCGGCGAAUUCCUCAACAAAGAGCACAAGGAUUAUCGGAUCGAAACGAUGAGCAAAAACGGAUUCACCACUAAUAGCGGUUACGGAGAACUGAAAGCAAAGUAGAAUCACGGCUGCAACGCUAUCGGAUUUGGCCUAUUGCUCACAUUCGCAGCUUUAGGUCUGAUCACGAACUGGAUUUGCCGUUGAAAUUCGAUUCGAAAGGCCACUACAGCUUUCGUAGAUGAAAGAAAAUAAAGAUCAACUGUUCCAAAGGUAAGCAUUACACCUAUAUAUCUCUAUAUAAUCGUAGUCGUACUUGUUCAAAAUUUAUUGAUCAUGUUAUUUCUAUCUUAAUUGUGAUAAACUAUCACUAUGUUGUGUAAGCAUCUGUUAAUCUAUAAUAAUACUUUCUUCUAUACUUUC